UCUAUUGUGGUUCAGUUUGAGAUUUCCUUUCCUUUUACUGCACUUGCUUUACAGUUUCCUGCUUUGUCAAACACGUAUGUUUGUCACAGGUAACGCUAAUGGAGCUUUGUUUUACAUGUACAGCCAGAACGCCCGGAUGAGUUGGCAAGGAUAGAAUCAGUAGGUGGCCAGGUCAUCUACUGGCAGGGACCCCGUGUCCUGGGGGUGCUUGCAAUGUCAAGGUCAAUUGGAGACUAUUUCAUGAAGCCAAGCAUAUCAGCUGAGCCAGAGGUGACCGUGACUGACCGCACGGGCACGGACGAGUUCAUCAUCCUGGGGAGCGACGGGCUGUGGGACGCCAUGUCCAACGAGUACGCUUGCAGGGUCGUGAGGUACUGCCUGAGCGGGCGCUUGGCGGCCAAGUACCCCGCGACGGUCCACGGGAGCUCGGCCACCGACGCCGCCAAGCUGCUGGCGGACAUGGCGAUGGCGCGGGGCAGCGAGGACAACGUCAGCGUCGUGGUGGUCCAGCUGAGGCGCAUGGUGUGGAGGAGGAAGGCUGCUCGCCAGAACGGCAGGACGUAGCCUGCGGGAGUCCCCUCCCGGCUCGUCGCAAAUAUAAAGCAUGCAUGGCGACGGAGCGAGGGAAGGAGAAGGAAACUCGCAGUAUGACGGGACGGUGUGGGGGAAAAAAAAAGAAAAAGGGCUAUGAGAGCUGCUCCUAUAUAUGGUGUGAUUAGGAGUGUGUUACUCGUAGGCUUCGUAGUCCGUGCCGUUGUGUUGCGUUGGUUCUUUAGUUAUCCUGACAUGCAUGUGGCAUUCCGGACAUAUGCAUGGAAGCAUAAUGAAAC